GUGCGUUGACGGUCAAAAACACAGCGUGUCUUCCCAAAAACAACAAACCCUACGGAAUCUCCGCCACCCACCACUUGUCGCCUUCCUAUUCGACCUCUCUCUCCUCCUCGCCUUCUCCGUUUUUUAAACUCUAUUUCCCUUCUCAUUUUUUACAUCGUCACUCACACCUGCAGCGACUCUUUCUCUUUUGUUCGUCCAUCGAUCCCUCUCAGCGAAUCGUUGUAAAGAGUUAAUAUUUAGAUUGAUAUAGAAAAAAAUGUCGCCUACUGAAACAUCCCGUGAGGAAAAUGUCUACAUGGCCAAAUUGGCUGAACAGGCUGAACGCUAUGAGGAAAUGGUGGAGUUUAUGGAAAAGGUAGCAAAGACCGUGGAUGUUGAGGAGCUAACCGUGGAGGAAAGGAAUCUUCUAUCCGUAGCUUACAAGAAUGUAAUAGGGGCUAGGAGGGCUUCAUGGAGGAUAAUCUCUUCAAUUGAGCAGAAGGAAGAGAGCAGGGGAAAUGAGGAUCAUGUCACCAUCAUUAAGGAAUAUAGGGGUAAGAUCGAAUCAGAGCUGAGCAAGAUUUGUGAUGGGAUAUUGAGCCUCCUUGAGUCACAUCUCAUUCCCUCUGCCUCAUCUGCCGAGUCUAAGGUGUUUUAUCUUAAGAUGAAGGGAGAUUACCACAGGUAUCUUGCUGAGUUUAAGACUGGGGCAGAGAGGAAGGAAGCUGCCGAGAGCACUUUGUUGGCUUAUAAGUCUGCUCAGGAUAUUGCUCUUGCUGAACUGGCUCCUACUCACCCAAUAAGGCUUGGGCUUGCCCUUAACUUCUCCGUAUUCUACUAUGAGAUCCUUAACUCACCUGACCGUGCUUGCAAUCUUGCAAAGCAGGCUUUUGAUGAGGCUAUUUCUGAGCUUGACACAUUGGGUGAGGAAUCUUACAAGGACAGUACAUUGAUCAUGCAACUUCUCCGGGACAAUCUGACACUAUGGACUUCUGAUAUCACGGAUGAGGCUGGGGAUGAGAUCAAGGAGGCAUCAAAACGUGAAUCAGGCGAAGGACAACCACAGCAGUAAUGAAUUAAAAUUUGUAGGAUAUGUUUACUCUGUACUUCUUUCUUGUGACCUCCGCAUAGAUGCGAUGCUGGUUGUUGUAGCUGGAUUUGCAUAAUGAAAUUGGUAAAUCCUGAGUGCUGAUCUGAUGCUACUUGGGAUUGAGGUAAUUCCAUAGAUUAUCAAGCUUCUGCUGUUGAUGUUAAGAAUUCAUGUCUGUAUUCUUAUUGCUUGACCAUGUAAUAGUGUUGGAACUAGGGGUUCGAACCUUCCAACUUACAUAUAACAUCAAGUGCAAGAAAAUUGUUGGGUGUUAUUGUUCUUUGUAUGAUGAAAUAUUGGGUGGACCCUUUCUCCAUCUUUUGUUUUUAUCGCUUACUCGAAAUAUUGAAUUGAUUUAGUGGUUCUUGAA